GGCAGGCGUGCCGGCGGCGGCGGUGGCUGAGGGCCCCUCCUCCAGAAGAUGGCGAGUCCGUGCGGGCGGCAGGAGUGCUCCAUCGAGAGGCGCGGCUUCCGCCACCAGCUUGACUCGUGGCGACACCGGCUGCUGCGCUGUGUGGGAUUUGAAAGUAUUCUAGAAGGGCUGUUUGGAUCCGAAUUACUAAAAGAUCUGAGUUUGUUUAAAGACUUUGAGCCUGAAGGUGUCUCUGAUUGGUCUUUUGAUGAAAAUUGUCUUUUCUGCUGUUUGAGAAGAGAAAAAGUGAAGGAACACUUAGUCAGUCUGGAUGAGCCAGCUUUGGAAGUUGAGCACCAAGCUCUGCUUAAACAAGAGCAAGCAAAGAUCAUUCGGUUUGAGAGGCAAGCGGAAGAAUUCCUCCAUGCAGUCUUUUAUCGAAAAGACAGUCCUCGGGUCUCUGACCCAGACAUUCCCCUAGUGGCCCGCGAGAUCAUGCAGCGGAUGAUCCGACAAUUUGCUGCUGAAUAUACCUCAAAAACUAGCUCUACUCAGGAUUCCAGCUCGCCCAAUAGCACAAAGAACCAAAGCCUGCUGAAAGCAUCUCCGGUGGCCUCAUCCCCUGCGGGUGCAACGACUCAAAACCCUGUGCUCAGCAAACUUCUCAUGGCUGACCAGGACUCGCCCUUGGACCUCACUGUCAGAAAAUCUCAGUUGGAUCCUAGCGAACAAGACGGAGUACUUGAUCUGUCCACUAAGAAAAGCCCUUGUGCAGGCAGCACAUCCUUGAGCCUUUCACCUGGCUGCUCCACUGCUCCUGGGAAUGGUGAGAAUUCAGCAGAUGCAGUAGCAAUAGAUUCUCUUGGCCAGCAGAAAUCUCCAUUGGAAAAAUUUAUGGUCAGACUGUGCGCAUAUCACCAGAAGCAUUUCGUCCGUGUCCUGAAUGACAUAUGCACUGAAGUACAGACUGGUUGUGAGGAGCAGCAGUUACUCGAACCUGAAAAUAUGGAUGCAUCUACUUGUAGCUCUGGCUGUAGCCAGUAUCACACUGAGAACCAGGACAUUGGAAAUUCUUGCUCUGAAUCAAAACUCCCUUUAUCUUUUGACCCAGAGCAGUCGGGGCCUCAUGGCUCCCUGCGCCUACUAUGCCAUGCCCUGAAACAGGCUGUUGAUCUCAAAUCUACUGACAGAAGAGAAAACUGUAGCUCUGUGGUCAGAAGGGAUUUCCCUGAGCUUCCUAACAUCAAAGCAAGUUCUGCAAGUCCCAGAGACAGUCCCACUCAAGGAUACCUCACUGCCUCCAACUCCCAUCACUCUGCUAAAAGCCUAGAAGGACAGACCCCUGGUAGUGAGCAAGAGAUAGGGUCAAGGAAAGGUGAAGAUGACAAAGAACAAAUGCAAAGCAGAGCUUUGCUGGGAAGCUACAUUGCUGUGAAAGCAGCAAAUGUAAACACUAGUGAGGAUAGUCUGGAGUGUCGCGUGAGCUCCCAAAAGAAUGCUUUCAAAGCUUUUCCAGAGGAGAUGCGAGAAUCGGCUUUCACCACAAGUUCCCCCCGCAGAGCUGACAAGGAGAAUGCCUUGCAGUGCAGCUCCAAAGCCCCUUUGCACCAAGAUACUGAAAUAAAUGACCAAGAAAUGAGACAGAAGGUAGAGAACCAUCACCAAACUUCAGGGAAGAGCAAGGGGAGCUACCAUGUACAUCCUGUUGACAAGACCCGUGUGGAGAAUGCCAAAGAUGCUUGGCUGCCCACAAAUUCCAUGCCAGUGGUCCACCACAAAGCUACCAAUGGACACCCUAGGUCCAAGAACAUCUCAGCCUCUUCAAAAAGCACCCGUAAGAGUAAAAGAUCUUCAGGACUCAGAAUAAAUGACUAUGAUAACCAAUGUGAUGUUGUUUAUAUUAGCCAGCCAAUUACAGAAUGCCACUUUGAGAACAGAAGGAUUGUGUCAUCUAGGAAGACAGCACGGAAGAGCACCCGUGGCUACUACUACAAUGGUGAAUGCUGUGAGCUUCCCACGGUUCGCACCUUGGUCAAAGCCUCUCAAAUACAGGAAAGUGGGAGCACCCUGGCACCACGGUCUGAGGUGCUAACAAGCUCUUGUCAAGGAGUCACUCUUUCAGGGUGUAGCUACUUGGCAACAGUCCAAGCUAUAACUGCUGAUGGUGACAAAAAUUCUUCCACUGUCACCCUCUUUCAGGAAGAUCCCUCCAUCAAAAUAUCUCAGGAAACAGUUGAAUCAUGUCCAGCUGAGAGUAUCCCUCCUCUGACCAGUUUGUUGAAGCAGAUAUAUGUUGGUUCUACUGAGGCAUCCACAGUGGAUCUCUCUUUACUUCCUCGUCUUGUUCCGCAUAAAGAAGGCAGCUUGUCUGUAUCUUCCCUUCAGAACACUGUUGUCCCUUCUUCCUUGCAAUUGAGUGAAGGGGAGAUGCAUGAUAAAACUGAUACAGACACUGUACAACAAUCUGCUAGUGACACUGAGCCGUGUAAGAGUAGUGAGCCUAAUGAAAACAGUGAUGGUGCAUUCAAUUCUGAUCUAUUCUCUGUCUCAGAACCUGUUCAUAGUGAAGAAAGUACUCCGUGCUUGGACAAGGUGAUUACCCAAGAAUCUUCCAUUUGUACAGACCAGGAGCCUCCUGUUACCUUGAUGACAUCAGAAGAACAUGAAGAGAAGUUUGACUUUUUACCUCCAUUGGAGGAACCUGCUUCUCCUGCAGAUUUGCCACCAUGCAUGGAACCCCCACCACUCUCUCCUAUAGGGCCACCACUCUCAUCUAUAGAGUCCCAGACAGGACCUCCUACUCAGUUAGUCAGUCUGGAGCCUUCUAGAGCCUCUCCUAGAGAUCUAUCCACUAUAUCAGAGCCUGUGUGCUCUGAGGAAAAUGUUGCUAACUCAAGGGUAGCAUCCCCUGUGGCACUGCUUGAGAGUGUGACCCAUACUAUUGACCCAGAGCCUUCAGAGACUCUUCCCAUAGAAUCUGCAAUGGUUUUACCAGACAAGGUGGAUUCAGAAAUCCCUCAAUCUCUUUCUGACUUAGAUGCAACAGAGGACCCAGCCAAUUUGCUGUGUGCUAAUGCACAUGAAAACAUUAACACUGAAACCAAUACCGAAGGUUCUCAGGGUUUGGAGGAAGGCCUAGAGGAGGAAAACCUCACUGGGAAAUGUGAACCAGUGUUGCCUGUUUCAGACACCAGUGACAGUUGGAGUGAAAAGACUGUAAAAGAAGCAUGUACGAUUAGUAAGCCAGCUGAGGAAGGAGUAGUUGAGAGCAGCACUGCAUCAACAUUCAAAAUAUCAAAAAUGUGCAACAAAGAGGAGGCUUCGCCCCAACCAAACGUAGACAAAAAACGAAAGAGGGAGAAAAAACUUCAAGUUGCAUCUGAUCGCUGUCUUCGAAGCCAGCAAUCGCUGUUGCCUGAGGGUGACAGUACUGAGCAGUCCAGUUCUUCCAACUCUCUACAGCUUCCUCAAUUACAGAUUAAGCUUUCUAAAAAUCCUGGCACUAAGCGCUUUAAGAGAGAAGUUCAUCUUGAUGGGGCAGCAUCUGUGUGUGUUCCAAGUGAUGGAAUCCAUAAAACACUGCUCAAUGACAUCACAAGCACUGAGAAGCCACCGACAGGUGGGGAAAGUGACAUCACAACAGGGGAGACCCAUAAAACAUUAUUGACAAUAGAGGAAGGUCAGGAUGAAGAAGGUAAUAAAAGUAAGCCAGGAGCAAUGCUUGAAAUCUGUUUAGAGGCAAGUUCUGAUAAGAGAAGUGUUCAUGUCCCCAUAGGAACCUCUGAUAAAAGAGAAAGGGAAACAAAUUUGAAGCCAGAAGUUCCAGAGAACUCUGAAAGUACUAUGGAUACUACAAAGACAUUGCACACCCAGUGUGAGACUAGCAAUCCCCUAUGUCCUGGGAACAGGAGUGGAAGUAAAAAUGCAACAUCAGAGAAGGCAGUCAAAUACAAGAAGCCAGCCCUCCAGUUUUAUAACUUGCGACACAGCCCUGCGCCAAUUCAUGUGGCCACUGCUUCCAAAAACAUGCCAGAGAAGGAAACUACACAAGAAAAAUCUGAUACUGUAGACAUACAAAGUGCAGGAAAUGAAGACACCAUUGACUUUAGUGAUGUAGAGAUGCUAUCUGACAACAAACCCAGCUUUGUAGACUGGUGCGCUGAAGACGAGAACCAAGAACUUAUCACUAACUUUAAUACCCAAUACAUGAAAACCCAGAAAGGGUGGAUUCAGUUGGAAAAGGAGGCCCAGCCAGCUCCAAAGGUCAAGAAUAAGGCUGACAAGCUUAAAGAGAUUUGGAAAAGCAAAAAGAGGACUCGGAAGUUCAAAGGAGCUACUGAAGUCCAGAAGCUCUCACCUGUUCAAAUGUUGUUCAUGAAAGCGUUUGACUUAUCUAAUAUCUGUAAAUGGUUUAUGGAGACAACUGAAACCAAGUCUCUGGUCAUUGUGAAGAAGAUGAAUACCCGUCUCCCAGGAGACAUGCCCCCCAUCAAGCUUCCACUCCAAAAGGGCUGCUCUUCCUAUCCCAGCUCACUUCAAGCUGAGCGUCUAAAGAAACACCUGAAGAAGUUUGCAGCCAUGACGCCAGCAAAAAAUACCAUAAAGACUCAGAGGUUGUUGGCUAAGCUUCGAGAGAACACUGAGGAAAUUGAGGAAGAGCAAGAUGCCAGUCCAAAGCAGACACCCUCUUCUGAAAUAAAUUUGGAGAAUGAGAUCCAAGCUAAAACAGCCCAAUCCCCAGUUAGUGCACCAGUGCAGACCAGCUCACGGAUUUUAAGAAAAUACUCCAACUUGCGUGGCAAACUUCAUGGCUUCCACAAAACUGUCAAACGGGAGAAGAAUGACUGUGUGUCAAAGCAUCCGUCAAAUGAAAGCAAGGCAAACAGCAAGAGCUUGAGCAUUAAGCCUCUGAUGUCUCCAAAACUGGCUCAGCAGGUCAAAGCCUCUUCACUCCCUACUAAAUCUAAUCUGGCUGAAAAAGGAAAAAAGGUGAGAAAGGGGAAAGACAGAUCACAGGAAGUCACUCUCUCUAAAGGCAACUUUCAGCAAAGCAAAAAGAAGGCACUGAAUGAAAGCAGCAAGCCCCAGAGCUCUUCAAGCAAAGAAAGUAUCCCUCUUAAGAAAGGUAGUAAAUUGAAGCAUGUGGAAUCACCUACGACUAAGAGGCAGCCAGCUAUGAAGAAGAAUAGUAAACUUGCAUCUCAGAAUGAGAAGACAAAAAAGCUGAUUGAUUUGCGACCUGGAAAAGGGAAGUCUACCACCCAGAAGGCAAAAGUGAAUAGCAGUCAAAAGGUCACUCCCCAGUCUUCCAGACCAGAAGGGCCUGCUAAACCCUUAAAGCAGAAAGUGGGGCAGGACUCCUCCAGCCGGUCUCAAAAAGCAUCUACAAAAAAGGCAGCCAAGGGCAAAACUCUCACUAAGCCAGUGAAACAAACGCAGGAGAACAGCAAAGGCCAGAGUAAGAAGAAGCUGAGAGCAACAAAAGACUCUCCGCCCAGCAAACGUAGACGGAUGGAUGCAAAGUAAUAGGCUUGGGUUGGAUGGGAGAUCAGAUGUAGAAACCCUUCCUCGAGCAUUAAGGAAUCAGUUUAUGAACAUGGGAGUUAGCUGGAAGCUGUCCCUCCCUCACUGAUUCUGAGAUGUUCCCUAGCUGUACUGCAGCCAGACAACAGCCUUCUCUGUUGCUGAGAAGGGAAGUUACUGCUUCUGAAAGUUCCUAGCAUUACACUGGGAACCAGGCAGUUUCAGUUUAAAGUACAGUGCCUUAUUUAUCCCCUUAGGAAAUGAAUAAAUUAGUCUGUAUGAUUUAAAGGCUGGCAGUUUAUAGUUAAUGCACAAGCACUUGUACUGUCAUGGAAAGAGAACCACCUUUCAUGCACAUCCCAUAGACGGUGAAAGCCUGUCUGUUGGGGUUCAUGCAGGAGCAUUUUCUUCCUUUGAAGCAAUGAAGUAUCAUGGCACUGCUUAGUCUGAGGAAAGGAUUAUAAAACCUAAAUGGUUUUCAUACUUCAAUGCUAUUUUUUACUCAGAGAGGUCAUAUUGGUGUAUUUUAUUAAGAUGUUCACAAUUGUCCAUAUUAUGUCAUUUUUGAAUAGAGAGUUUGGCUAUUACCUAACAUGACUCUUGUGUCACAAAGAUAAUAUUUCAGCACCAUCUUCAAAAAUGGCAACAUGCCUGGCAAACUUUGCUUGCUUGGUUAGAGAAUAUUGCCUACCACCUGCCCAUUCCCUGCCACUUUUGACGUUUCCUAAAGACCUGUAUUUUAAAGAACAAUUUGAUUGCAUUUCAGAAUGGUUAUAGUUCUUCCUGUUUUAUUCUGAGACUCAUUUAUGAAUAACCUUGAAAGAUGGGUGGAUAUCUCAGCAUGAAAUAGAUGAGUGUAUAGCUGUUUGGUUGCAUCUUAACAUGUGGGUCCCAAGAUAGAACACAUGUAAAGAGUAAUGUUGGAAGGUGCACAUAGAGGCCCUUUUCUGCUGUAGGCCUCUUUGCUUUACUUUUCUAUGGAGUCAUUGCAAAUCCUUUUUACAUACUCAUACUUUUUAAAAACAAGAAUGGAGCAAUGCUGCCAGUAAAGAAGAUAAUAUUGGAAAUAUCUGAUGCUUUUCUAAGCGGAGUUGGAUUGCAGCUUAAGUUGAAGCAGAUUCUUGUUCUGAGGAGCUGUAAAGUCCAACUCUCUAAAUACUCCUAUGUGUUUCACCUAUUUUUGUCCUCACCUUCCGAGUUGAAUUAUGUAAAGCUCAAGAAGUCAUCUCUCAUCACACAAGAUACUACUGUGAAAGCCUGUUAGAAAGCAAACAGUCCCUUUCCAGUGCAAACAUUCAUUUUGGAUCCAAGAAAAGGAAAGCAGCAUUUUCUCAGAGGAAACUUCCUGUCCAGUACGCUUUGUGCUACCAAUGUGUUAGUUGACUGUGGUUGCUUCCGCUCUACGUAAUGCUGCAGAUAAGAAACAAAAUCCAGCCUUUUAUUUAUUUCUCUAGUUUCUCUUUAAGCCACAACUAAGGCUAAGCUAUUUGCUUAGAAACUUGUGCAAACUUCCAUGUCUUAGCUGUAUGUGGCACCCAAGAGCUUCCUGUGAAGGCCUUCGAAUUGCUUGACCUUUUAGAAUAUCUCUCCGUGGAUACCAUCUGAGAUCAACGUACUCAAACACAUCUUUUACACAUUUUUAUAUUAACUGGCUUGAGCCGGUCUUUUCAGUUGGUGAAGAAUAUAUUGAAUAAAAGGAAAACAAACUCUUCAGGGAGAAGAAUGAAGAAGGUUUACGUGUGAGAAGAUUGAAUUUUUUUUUAAGGAGGGAGGUUGCAUUAGCCUUGGCACUCCUAUACCAAAGCUCAUUACUGCAGGCAGAAAAUGGAUAACUAGCUGUGUAGAUUUUUUUCACUGAUCAAAGAGACUGGAAUUUGACUUUGGAAAAUGCAAAACCCUCCUGCUCACUCAAGGCUGUGGAUUGAGAGGGUGCACUAAAGCUAUAAGACACAUCAGGGUGGACUCUUUUUUAUGAAAUAUUUUUAAAUCAUUGAUUUUUAACACCUCUCGUUUCAUUUAAACCAUGCUGUAUAAAAUUAAUUGUUGUAAGCAUUAAGUCAGACUUGGCAUUCUCUUUAAAGGGCGAUACAGAUGUGUGUGAUUGUUUUUUGAACUGUGGAUAACAAGUGUGUUAGACAUUCCACCAGGAGUAUUAAAAGGUAUUUAAGGAAGUGUGUGAACUUGUGUGAGAGAGAAUGAAGGGCAAGCUUGUCAAAUGUUCAUGUCUCCUUUUUCUAACUUUCUAUUUCUGCAUCCAUAGAGAUGUGUAAAUCUUUCUGCUCCCUCUACCCAGGGCUGCUUCCUAACACUAUGCUGGGUGGUUGGGGCACCUUGUGGUACUUUCAGCUAGUGAUUUUGAUCCAAACGCUUCCUAAUAAAACCUUUCUUCCACUUUUGUCUGUCCCAUUUCUUGUGUGGCCUAUAUUCUAAAAUAAUUAUUUUGUAAGACUUGUUUAAUAUGCCAUAUUUAUCUCUAUUUUCAGUAACCUGCUUGAUAGGCAAGUUGCCUAUGAGAAGUUGGAAUAUACUUACAAAGUUUUGCUCAGGUCCUGAGACAGUAGCUAGUAUCACCAGUUUUGGUCCAUCUGUGUGGAAGGCAUGAUAAAAGGAAUAGGUCAGCUGCAGGCCCAUUUAAGUAAAGAAAUCUAGCCAAUGUUGCUAUACUGCGUUCUUUUUGGAACAUGUAUGGUUUUCUUUUGUGCCAUGCAGCCUGUCUAGCUUCUUCUUAGAUGAAGAGUUGGUAAUCUCUGGACCAAUAGAGACUUCUCACAUCCCUCCUUGUAGAAGAAGUAGGUCUUUCGUGAAAUAAAAGAACUUAGUUAUAUGGUUUAGACUUUGUAAUGUUAUAAAUUUCUUCCAAUUCUUGUUCUGGAGAAGUAAAGCAGGAAUACGAUGUCUGGGGACAACAAAUGUACUCUGAUAAUAUUCCCCUUUAGUGUGUUGGAAAGAAAAGAUUUGGUUCACAGGUCCUCUGUUCACAAUUAUCUUUAUGCUCUAACCAGUGUGCUUGGUGAGGAAUCUGCUGCCAGGUCUACAAAUGUAGCCAAGUCAGGGUUGAUUAGAUCUUUUGGCUUCCAUGUUGGGGCACUCCAGGAAAAAUGUGGAUGACCUUACUUAUUGGAGAAGACUUCACUCAGAACCAUUUCCCCUUCUUCAGACUGUAGUUCAUAAUUGUUCUCACCCUUCCUUUUAUUGUUCCUACUUUGUUUUUAAGAGGAAUCCUUUUCUGCCUUGGUAGAAGAAUCUUGGCCUGCUUUCUUGAAGAUUGCUUUGCUGUAAACCUUUCCCAGAUCUUAUACACCAAAUGAAUAAUUUCAGCCUUUUUCUUGCUGUGGGAUUCUUUUUCUAAAUUUUCCCUGUUGCCUACAUUCUGUGCUUUUUUGUACAAAUUAUAGUUGAUCGGUCUAACUCUCCAUGCCAGUUGAGAUCAUCUGAACCUUCUUCCCAUAAAGAGUGCUUCCAUUUCUCAUGCUUCCAUUUUUCUCCAGUUGCCAUAUUUACAGUCAAGCUCUUGAUGCUUUUUGCCCUGUUAUUGUGCAUUUUGUUGCUUUCAAUUCUUUCUAAUGAAAGUUGCCUUAUCUUUUAUUUCUGGAGCAGCCUCCACCUGCACGCAGUGUCAAAAGAAAUGCUGUGCUUCUACAUAUAUGUUCACAACAUGCACAAACAAUAUCUGUGUGAACUGUUACUCUGAACUCUGCGUGCUGGGUAGCUGAUGCUACUCUGAAUAUUUUAUUUAAAGCUCUCUUCUUUCUUGCCAAAUUUGGUGCCGGCAUACAUAUUUUUUGAUGUGGUUAAAAUAGUUUUGUUUCUCUUUCAAGUUUCUCUUUAUUUGGAAUAUGUUAGCCAACAAGGCUGUUACAAAGGCUGUUCAUUAAGCAUUUAUGAUUGUGUGUAGGGACUUCCUGGCCAAGUUUUCCUAAUCACAUAAAUGUUUUCUUAGGUCCUUGGCUUCUUAUGAUAAGGAUCCUACUUCUGUUUACCUCUUCAAAGGACAUAGUCAUUAAAUUGUCUCAUUUUCUUUAAUUAAUAACCAGGCGUUUAAAAAUACCUGAACUUUGGUUCUCUCAGUACCUAUAGUACAAUUCUGAUAGGAUGUGAGCAAUGCCCAGAUGACCAUGUUUGUAACCAUUAAGAAACACAGCUGAUCAGCAAGGAAUUAUUGAGCCAAAGGGAAAUAAAAUAGAGGCUGUUUAUUAAAUUUGUGGUUGUCUCUUACAUUUUACUAUAAAUAGAACUAUCUACUUAAUGUCAUCUGUUCCCCUAGUUGCCGCAUGCUCACCAAACAGAAGCAAACAGUCAGAAAUCUAUAAACAAUUGGCUGCAGACCUGUGUCCCACUAACCUAUAACACCCACCUCUGUCCUUACUUGGUAUCCUUGCUUAAAUCUGUUUCUGUCCCCAUACAGUUGGUCUGCCUGCCUUUUCUGUGGGAGUGAGAAUGGAGCAGUCUGGGCCCCUAGCCUGGAAGGUCCUAUUCAUUAUCCCAGUUUGUUUCCUCAAAGAACUCAAUGUCAAAUUUCUUUAGGCCGCUUGGCACACCCUUGUCUUGCUGCACAGAAAUAAUGUCCUGUGUCUCCUCAUUUUGGCACUGAUAAUCAGGGCUAAACAAAAGGUUGCAAGUUUUUCACAUAUUGUAGUAUAUACUUUCCUGUUGCUCUGUUGUCAUGUAUUUUCUUUCGUGUCUAUGUAUUUAGCUAUGUAGUUGUCAAAAAACCCCAUUUAUCCAUUUGAAAAUGAUCUCAGGAGUUUUCAUUCACAUUGAGAGGAAGGUCUUACAGAUUCUUUUUUGAAUUGUCACUCCAAAUCAUUCUCACAUAAUAGUGAAAAUGAAUUGAGUCUGAAUGUUUUUGUUACUUGUGUGUGACCUGUUACCUUACGUGGGUCUUUUACACUGCCCUGCUAUCAAGUGUCUUCUGAGAAUCUGCUUUUUGUGUAUUACUUUCAAAUGCAAUAUGAAUAUAUGCGUAUAUGUAUAUGUGUCUAUAAAUAUAUAUAUGAAUAGUAGUUGCUAUGUUAACAUAGCAUCCAGCUAGCAGUUGAAAUGCAUUCCUAGGUGCAGGGUAAAUGCUGUCUUCUCUCCCCAGGCAGUCACAGAAAUAGAAAAAAUACUAUUGUAAAUAUUUUUAUAAUAUUUAUUUCCUGUACUUUGUGCUAAUGAAUCUUGGUUUGUAAUAUAAUAGCAUGGAAUAGAGAAUGUUUCUUGCUCCAUCCAGGUAUAAUUGGACACAGGGAAAAAGACUGACAACUGGUCUUGAAUUUAUGCUGCAAAAUCAAGGUCCUAGUUCUGAGAUGGUAAAUCUGUUUGAAUUAUAACACUUCAGGUUUAUGCAACUGUGUAUUCCUUUACUCUUUGUCUGUGUGUGUUUAUGUGUCUAAAUAUAGAAUACAAAUAUUGAAAAUAACUACUGUAGUCCCGCCUGCCUGAUAUGCUAGAUUUCUGUAUGCAAACAAUGGUUGAGAUUCUACAUAGGGUGAUAAACCAUGAAGUUCCAGGCAGGUGAAACACAGCUCCUCCUCUCUUCUUUCCUUUCUGGAGUCAUAUGUUGACUAUGCCCCAGCUCCCAUCUGCCACCAUUUACUGGCUGGUGAAGGACUGUGAGUGGCAGAGAAAAAUCUCAGUAUGUACAAUAACAAAGGCAUCAUCUGGAAUCUCGUAGGAGUCCUCCAGAAGUCAUGGAAGAACAUGAUUUAUAUAUUUUGGAAUACAGAGACCUAGCAAGAUGUUUCUCUGCCAUAACAGACACCCCACUCCCACACACAAUGUCCAUCAGCCAACAUAUGGUCAUGUUGAGGGAAGCUUCAGAGAACAAGUUAGUUUUGAGGGCAUGGUGGUGGGCUUUCAUCUACAGUCUGAAGUCAAGACAGCACAGACAUGGAUUUACCAUCUCAGAGCUAUAUCUCAGUGGAGUAAAAACAUUACAUGCUCCCCCCUCCUUCACCUUUUUUUUUUUUUUUUACUAUGGAAAUAAGUUGAAAUUCUGAGCAGCCACAGUUUUGGGUAAUCUGCCUCAUCAUGGGCACAUUUGGACACAGUACAAGUGAGCAAUAAGAUUCUUAGUGAUAAUGUUUUCACUGCUAAAGCAGUAUCAAAGUACUGAUAAGGAUGGUUGUAUGUGUGUGUGUCUUUGUGUGCAUUUCUCUUCAGUAGUUCUGCCACAGCAUCUCCAUAUUUAUGCACCAUUGCAAAAAGUAGUUUCUAAGUCUUCCCUGGUGUAUUCAUUGGACUCAUGGACUCUGUGAUACUAUGCCUAUGCUGGGCAUACUAUGAGGGCAGUGCCAGUAAGAUAAAGAAGAAAUAUCAUGGUGCCUUCUCUGCCUUUUGCAGCUGGACUGUCAUAAUUUCUUGUGUUGUGUGAUCACCCACUUACUGUGUCCAUUGUUUUUAGAAGAUUAGGCUAAUCCUUCACCACACCCUAAAUUCCCAAUUGCUAGGCAACAAAGUUGUUUCACUUUUCUUUGGGUUCUCUCUGAAUUUACCUUUGUCUUUGGGAUUAUUAAUAUCCACCUGUUUGUUCCCUUUUGACAUAUCCUAGGUCGUGUUCUGCAAUUUAGGGGGUCAUUGUCUUCUACUUAGAUCUCCUUGCCUUUUUUGGCUUAAGGUGGAAAAGUGUGGAAGUUUCUAAUGUCUUUUCUCUUUACAUAGAUCAUUCAGAGCCCUUUUCCUCUGUUUUCUACCAAAAACAAUUGAGAACCCCAUCUGAUGAGAUUAUGUGAUUUCUAACCAUUCCUCCUCUACCUGCAUCCUCUCUUGCCAAUCAAAUAACUCAGGCCUGAAUUUCCGAUAAAAGUAUCAAAUGCUGUUAAAGAAGAGUGUUGGUUGUAGUUGUGAUUUUCUGUAACCAGCUCUUUUCACAAGGGCCUUUGGGUGAACAUCUUGAGCAGUUUACAACCUCAAUUAAUGUGGUGCAUAGAAUGAACCCAUAGAUGUGUCAUUUCCUUUUAGCUUGGUUGUUCCUAGGGGUUUCCUGCAUUGUUAUUGUCUUCUUCACUUGGCGUUCUUCACAGCUAAGGACUCUUUCUCUAAGAGUCCUAGCUAACAUCUGAAGAACCAAGUGUUGAGCAUACUUCUCCUUCGCUCCCACCAGCUCUCCAACCAGUCUGAUUCUCUGUAAGUCUUCCAAAUCUAGUGUGCAAUCAAAUACAAUGACAAGGGCACCUGGAAAGUUUCAAUUCUAUUAAUUUUCUUUUCUUUUCAGGGCACUAAGAAAUGCUGUGAUUUUAGAAAAAGAAUAUGUCUGCUGUGAAUUGUUGAUAAAUGUGUAAUUAGAUCAUGUUCUAUAUACCUCGUCCAAAUUACAUCAGAAAAUGUACUUUAAAAAUACAGGUUAUAUUCAGUUAUUUCCUAGUCAUUCAGCCUACUUACCUACAAUAGCUAGACUAUUUUGACAUCAGAUUUUACCAAAAUUUUGAUUACUUAUAUGAUAGUAUCACGUUUGGAGUGUGUUUGGUGUGUGUUAUUUUCUUGACUUAACCUUUGGAAGAUUGUGUGUUCUUCUUACUGAUCUCUGGGCCCCAUCUGAAAUUUAGACUUUGUCUUCUGCUUCUGGAAUCCGCCCCCCCCCCCUUUAUGCUUUGUUAUGUACAUUGUGUGCUCUAAGGGUCCUUGCUUUAUUGCGGCUUAUUAAACACUUUUAUAUCAA